UUUGUAAUCCGGCCGAUGAAGGAUUUAGAAAACGAAAGUUAAUGUUCUUUUCUUUGUGUCCUCACAGAAUGAAAAACUCGCCUUUGAAAGGACGUGUUCUGAAGACAGCCUCAACAAACUGAGGAAGGUCAACGCUGAGUUGAGGGGCGAACUUGAGGAAACCCUGGUUAUGUUGACGCUGAGAGACGCAAAGAAAGACAUUCUGUUGGAUAAAAUGAAGAACUCUCAUGUGGAGAAUCACAACAUGAUUGAGGGUCUGCAAGUCAGAGAUGGUGAAGUUACAGGAACAUUCACAGCAAGUUCUCAUGAGGUAUGAGAGAACCUGUACAAGUCCUCAGAGUCUCUACAGCCGAGAUCCUCCAAACCACCGCUCUCUGCAGAGCGAGAUGCAGGAUAUGCAGCAGCAGCAUCACAGAGCUCUGGACGACAUAAGCCUCUCAUCAUUGCACACACACAGUGAUGAUAUUCAGAGCAUCAUCCACGCGAUCAAGUCUGCAGAAAUUGCUCAUCUUCUGCACAAUAAGUAUCCUGAGAGGGACUCUGCUCCUGUAGAAACACAGGAGCAGCCUUGUCCUCACCGCCAGCAGCAACAGGCAACCAUCAAGCAGCAGCUUGUCAAUGUGCUGCAGGAGCUGGAGCUGCACAAGUGUGUGUGGGAGGAGAAAGGGGAAAAGGUGGAGGAGCGGUGGAGAGCCUGGGAGAAGGAGCAAAAGCAGAGCCAGACUGAUAACCAGGCUCAGAUGCAGGACGCCAAGAAGGUGGCUGUGGUGAACUGGUGGAAAGCCCGCAGCGUGGAGAGGGCUAAGGCCCGGACAAAUGACACUCAGCCGGGUCAGAAGAUCUCUGAGACACAAGUAAAGCUCCAGCAAGCAGAGCAGACGAUCAGUGAUAUGAGGGAGCAGGUCUGCCUCCUGCAAGCUUCUGUAAGAUCUGCACAGAAGUUUGUCACUGAGCAAAAGAACAGCAAUCUUCAUAUCGACAAGGGAACCAACACUGAGAGAGAAGAAGCAGGCAGAGUUGUGGAGAAGGUUGUGAAGGAUCAGAGGGAUGCAGCAGUGGCCACAGAGAUUACAGGUGAAGCCGUCGCAGAGCAGGAGCAAACCCAGUUUCGGGUGACCACAGACGGCCUCCUUGAGACGCUCAGAAGGAUGGAGGCGAUGGUCAACAGCGCCCUGGAAAACGCAGAGCUGGUGAGAGAGAGCGAGCAGAGAGUGAGCCAGGUGAGAGUGAGGAUGGAGAGCAUCACCCAGAGGGUGGAGGAGGCUCUGGAGCGAGCAGCUGACACUGACGAGCAGCUGAACAAUCUGGAGGACAGGAUCCCAGGAAAAGAUCCAACUCAGUUUCCAGGUCCCAGUCUGCCAGCUGAUCCUGGAACUGACGUCACCGGCUUUAAUGCUGAGUCUGAUGUGGAGCCUGAAGACGGAGACGGUCCUCCUCCAUCGCCUGUAAUCCCCGUCAGUGAGCCUCCACAUCUUCCCAUGAAUGGUGUCACAGGACGAAGCAUCUGCAGCAAGCUCCAGGAAGAGGAGGAACACUUUCUGCAGGAAACUCCUCUUGAGCAGAGUGAUCAUAACUCCGAGGAGUCCUGUGCUGCCCCCUGCGCCGCUGAGGGACCUUUUAUUUUCCCCCACACCCGCUCACGCCCCCCACUGCUCCCCGCCAUGCCCACACUGCCUGAGGAAGAGGAGGACUCCCCCGAAGAGCUAGACAGUUCCUCGAGCUCUCCCAGUGCAUCUACACCAAGUCGAGCUGUCGUCAUGACUGCCCCCACCAUCGUCUACCCACAGCAGGCCACUAUUUUUCAACAAGAUGGACGUCCACUGGAGCAGACCAGGCCACACAGUCCCAGAGCUCGUAUGGCCAGAAAUUCCUCUGGAGGGCCCAUCACCAGAGUCGACAGCACAGGUAAUGUGAUCGACCUGCUGAAAGAUCAGCUGCCGGAGCUUCAGCUCUCUGAGGAGGAUCGACUGAAGAACCUGGAGUUGCUCCAACAGGCCAAGAAGGUCAGCGACCGUUUCCUGACACGUCGUGGCCGCCGAUCCCUCUCUGACUCACCAGCAGGUCUCUCUCCAACUCCAACUCCGUCGACCUCACCGUGUUCUUCUAGAAGCAGCUCAUUGACUGUAGCUCCUCAAACGGCUGGAGGACCCUCAGAGGCAACCCAUGUCAGCUCACAGUCAGUUGGGCAGCAUCCGGAGUUUCCUUCAUUGCGAGAACAACCUGAUCUAACGACCCAGGAUCAGGAGUGCAACAGACUGUUGGUGGACUGGAAGCCCUCUGAGAAGAGGAAGGUGUCCUCUGGGACUCUGACGCCCCGUUUUGCUGUUCAGAAGGAGAACUGUGAUCCUGCGGUACCUAAGAGUCCUCCAGCCGUCGGUAAAGCAGAUGAGGGACCUGGUCCAGGCCGAAACCCCAACCAGACCCCGGCCACAGGGGUGGCCAAGCCCGUCCCCCGACCCCCUACUCAACAGGCCCCCUGUACAGCAGAGAUCAAGACGAUUGGGGCCUUCCCUCCACUGAUGAGGGCUGUUUCCUGGGAUGCCGUAGGCAGUCUUAAUUCUAGAAAUGGAGCACCGAGUUUCCCUCCUACAGCAGAGGAUACCUUCUCAGACAAGCCCAGGGAUGCUGUCUUCAAGUCCUCAGGGUACAAAGACCUCCCCUCCCAGCAGGGGAGUGUACAGAAACUGUCUAAAUUCAGAGAGGAGCACAAACUGAUGCGUAACCAAAGCAUAUUGGGAUCUAAGUUACCAGACUUGAGUGAAGCUGCUGAACAGGAAAAAGGUCCUCCAGCUUCUCCAAACUCAGCCAGUAGUGAGGAGGCAAAAGAGAAGUCCGACUCCAUGCCAAACAUUUCAGACGUGAUGCUGAGAAAACUCAAACUCCACCGAGGUCUACCAGGCUGUGCACCCCCUCUCACUGAAAAAGAAGUUGAGAAUGCAUUUGUCCAGCUGUCAUUGGCAUUUCGUAAUGACAACUACACUCUGGAGAUGCGGCUCAGGCAGGCAGAGAGGGAGAGGAACCUGACUGAGGAAGACACCGAGAAAGAACUAGAAGAGUUCAAAGGAGCACUGAAGAUUUCUUCACCACAGUGGCAGAACAUGGAGCAGCGUGAGGCCUACCAGCGCUUCAUAGAGACGUUAGCGGUGCUGCACCGACUGGCCACGCGACUCUCCAGCAGAUCGGAGAUCGUCGGAGCAGUUCGACAGGAGAAACGCAUGAACAAGGCCACCGAAGUCAUGAUGCAAUAUGUGGAAAAUCUGAAGAGGACGUAUGAGAAAGACCACGCGGAGCUGAUGGAGUUUAAGAAGCUGGCCAACCAGAACUCAAACCGCUGUUACGGAGGGUCUGCAGACACUGGAGAUGAUGGAGUUCCACGGCCAUCAAGGUCGAUGUCCCUCACUCUGGGAAAGGCUCUGCCCAGACGUAGGGUGAGCGUAGCGGUGGUGCCUAAGUUUAACCUCCUGAACAUCCCGGGUCAGACCCCAGUCAUAGCCGGGCCGGGCCCAAACGUGGUCUUCAACACAGGACCCACCGCUGGUGCUGCUCUUCCUGUCCUGUGUGAAGCGAGUGAUGUAAAAGCCAACGUUUCCACAGAGGCACCACAACCAGCAGCAGAAUGUGGAAAGAGUGUGUCGGAGCAGGAAAGUGAGCCAGCCAAGCCUCCAGUCAACGUAGAGGAGAUCAGAGCCGAGAUCAGAGCCGAGCUCAAGGCAAAGAUCGAGGAGGAGUCAUAUAAUAAAGGCUUACAAGAGGGACUGAAGCAAAGCAAAGUGCUCCAGGAGGAGAAGCAGGAAGAGAAAAAUGCUGCAGAGAAUUUGCUGGAAUCGAAAAAUAAGGAUGAAGAAAGCGGAAAGAAGAGAAGGACGAGCAGGAGGAUGGAGGAGGUCCUGGUUCUUCUUGGUCGCUUUCGUCCCAAGUUUCCCUUGAGUCGGAGACUUCUCUGGAUCGCCCUGACACUGUUUGUGGGGAUGUGUGUGGUUAUCAGUAUUUUUACAUUCUUCAGUGACUACUACAAUAGACGUGAGGACACGUAAGCAGAGACAAGAGGAUAGAUCUUUGGACUGAGUGUAGCAGAACAACCAAAGAACCACAGUACAGAAUGACCGAGGCAGUCGUCCUCCGUCUCUGUCAGUUUACCAUAUCACCACACUCGGACUCACUUGAAUCCAUCUCUCGAGGGACAAAGACGUUUUGGGAGGCUUUAUGGAUCGUGUUGCCUCAUAGUUAACAGCAUUAAGUUAUAACUUUAUUUGGGUUGAAACAUUGAUAGAUGCUGCAGCGAGAAACAAAGAUAACUUCUGUUUAGGGACCAAUUAUAUAGUGUGAUGAUAUAUUUAAAUUAGAUGCAUACAUUAUGAUAUGUUCUGGUUUAGGUACUUUUUGAUGAUGAGUAAAUGCCGCUGGAGAAAAAGUGUAUAUUUAUCUACACUCUCUCAGGCCCAAUAGAUAAUAAAGCCCCUGAGAUACUUUGAACUAAUAUUUAAAUACAUAGAAAGUAAAGGAAUGUUUUUAUGCUUUGUUUGAUUUCUAUAAUGUGUAUUUAAAUACUUUAAAAUACAAGCACAUUCCAAAGUGCAAUAUUUUUAGCUGAUGGUUCUCGUUUGUGUCAUCUUGUAUUGUGUCUUCAGAGCACAGAGAUUUUCUUCUUGUGUAUGAGAGCACUGAUUAGAUGGCACGAGGCUUAUUUUUUUAUCUACCUGUGUUGUUUGUUCUUUGUGGAUGUGAUGCUCUGCCACCUCACCUUUUAAAUAAAGGUGCUUGAAAAGAUAUUGUAGUAUUUCUUCUUGAGAAAUAUACUUACAUUUCUUUGGAAACAAAUAAUGAACACAACAUUAACAUAUCAUCACCUUUAGGUUGAUAUGGUGAACUUGUUAGCAAACAAUAA